AUGGACGGACAUUGGAAAGGGGAGGCGGGUGAAGGCAUGCGGGCGUUUCUCAGGGGAGCAGGGAUGCGCUUAGGCUUAGGCUUAGGCUUAGGCUUAGGCUUAGGCUUAGGCUUAGGCUUAGGCUUAGGCUUAGGCUUAGGCUUAGGCUUAGGCUUAGGCUUAGGCUUAGGCUUAGGCUUAGGCUUAGGCUUAGGCUUAGGCUUAGGCUUAGGCUUAGGCUUAGGCUUAGGCUUAGGCUUAGGCUUAGGCUUAGGCUUAGGCUUAGGCUUAGGCUUAGGCUUAGGCUUAGGCUUAGGCUUAGGCUUAGGCUUAGGCUUAGGCUUAGGCUUAGGCUUAGGCUUAGGCUUAGGCUUAGGCUUAGGCUUAGGCUUAGGCUUAGGCUUAGGCUUAGGCUUAGGCUUAGGCUUAGGCUUAGGCUUAGGCUUAGGCUUAGGCUUAGGCUUAGGCUUAGGCUUAGGCUUAGGCUUAGGCUUAGGCUUAGGCUUAGGCUUAGGCUUAGGCUUAGGCUUAGGCUUAGGCUUAGGCUUAGGCUUAGGCUUAGGCUUAGGCUUAGGCUUAGGCUUAGGCUUAGGCUUAGGCUUAGGCUUAGGCUUAGGCUUAGGCUUAGGCUUAGGCUUAGGCUUAGGCUUAGGCUUAGGCUUAGGCUUAGGCUUAGGCUUAGGCUUAGGCUUAGGCUUAGGCUUAGGCUUAGGCUUAGGCUUAGGCUUAGGCUUAGGCUUAGGCUUAGGCUUAGGCUUAGGCUUAGGCUUAGGCUUAGGCUUAGGCUUAGGCUUAGGCUUAGGCUUAGGCUUAGGCUUAGGCUUAGGCUUAGGCUUAGGCUUAGGCUUAGGCUUAGGCUUAGGCUUAGGCUUAGGCUUAGGCUUAGGCUUAGGCUUAGGCUUAGGCUUAGGCUUAGGCUUAGGCUUAGGCUUAGGCUUAGGCUUAGGCUUAGGCUUAGGCUUAGGCUUAGGCUUAGGCUUAGGCUUAGGCUUAGGCUUAGGCUUAGGCUUAGGCUUAGGCUUAGGCUUAGGCUUAGGCUUAGGCUUAGGCUUAGGCUUAGGCUUAGGCUUAGGCUUAGGCUUAGGCUUAGGCUUAGGCUUAGGCUUAGGCUUAGGCUUAGGCUUAGGCUUAGGCUUAGGCUUAGGCUUAGGCUUAGGCUUAGGCUUAGGCUUAGGCUUAGGCUUAGGCUUAGGCUUAGGCUUAGGCUUAGGCUUAGGCUUAGGCUUAGGCUUAGGCUUAGGCUUAGGCUUAGGCUUAGGCUUAGGCUUAGGCUUAGGCUUAGGCUUAGGCUUAGGCUUAGGCUUAGGCUUAGGCUUAGGCUUAGGCUUAGGCUUAGGCUUAGGCUUAGGCUUAGGCUUAGGCUUAGGCUUAGGCUUAGGCUUAGGCUUAGGCUUAGGCUUAGGCUUAGGCUUAGGCUUAGGCUUAGGCUUAGGCUUAGGCUUAGGCUUAGGCUUAGGCUUAGGCUUAGCCUUAGGCUUAGGCUUAGGCUUAGGCUUAGGCUUAGGCUUAGGCUUAGGCUUAGGCUUAGGCUUAGGCUUAGGCUUAGGCUUAGGCUUAGGCUUAGGCUUAGGCUUAGGCUUAGGCUUAGGCUUAGGCUUAGGCUUAGGCUUAGGCUUAGGCUUAGGCUUAGGCUUAGGCUUAGGCUUAGGCUUAGGCUUAGGCUUAGGCUUAGGCUUAGGCUUAGGCUUAGGCUUAGGCUUAGGCUUAGGCUUAGGCUUAGGCUUAGGCUUAGGCUUAGGCUUAGGCUUAGGCUUAGGCUUAGGCUUAGGCUUAGGCUUAGGCUUAGGCUUAGGCUUAGGCUUAGGCUUAGGCUUAGGCUUAGGCUUAGGCUUAGGCUUAGGCUUAGGCUUAGGCUUAGGCUUAGGCUUAGGCUUAGGCUUAGGCUUAGGCUUAGGCUUAGGCUUAGGCUUAGGCUUAGGCUUAGGCUUAGGCUUAGGCUUAGGCUUAGGCUUAGGCUUAGGCUUAGGCUUAGGCUUAGGCUUAGGCUUAGGCUUAGGCUUAGGCUUAGGCUUAGGCUUAGGCUUAGGCUUAGGCUUAGGCUUAGGCUUAGCUUAG